GCACCCAACUGGACAACAGACAUUACGUGCGACGUUUGUGUUUACCGUGAGAAGAAAAUACGAAGGAGAGUCCCGAGUUGGACCUGUUUUCAUCUGUUAAAUAGGCUAGUGUUUUCAUCAACGCCACAAAGAGGGUUUUAAAACCAUUUUCGGCUUGUUGGACUGGAUAUUAUUUACUUUGGGACUAGUUCUGUGAAACGGAUCCGUAGGGGCUCUCUCUAGACUUAAUUACUCUUGUAUCCAAACUAUUUUGGAAACGUGCCUCUCAUAACCUGCCAGCGGAACUGGCUAUAGUGUAUCUUGAGGGAAUUAUUUUUUCCCCACCCGAGAUCAGUUGGAAACUAUAAAAGGCAAACUGUUUGAGGACGAUUUCAAGAGCUUCAGUAUCUUCUCUUUAUUGUAAAAGAAGUGUAUCAAGGAGGAUUCGAAAGCUGUAGGAACUAUGCCUCAAAAAGGGAUAUUUUAUUAGAGUGAAGCAGAUGAGAGUCUAUAAAUUGUUUUAAGCGGACAGUCAACUCUGUUUCCAGAAUACUAUAACCGGGCCUCGUGGGAGUCUGGCGUAGCGUCCAUGAUGCAAAACAAGGUGUAUGACAUCUGUAACGAAGGUCACAGUGGAGUGAACCAGCUUGGCGGUGUAUUCGUCAACGGCAGACCGCUGCCCGACUCCACGAGACAGAAAAUAGUUGAACUCGCGCACAGUGGCGCGCGGCCGUGCGACAUAUCCAGGAUUCUGCAGACCCAUGCAGAUGCAAAAGUCCAAGUGCUGGACAAUGAAAACGUGUCCAACGGAUGCGUGAGUAAAAUCUUGGGAAGAUACUAUGAAACAGGCUCCAUCAGACCUAGGGCGAUCGGAGGAAGUAAACCACGAGUAGCAACUCCCGAAGUGGUCAGCAAAAUUGCCCAGUACAAGAGGGAGUGUCCGUCAAUCUUCGCGUGGGAAAUCCGAGACAGACUGCUGUCAGAGGGGGUCUGCACAAACGAUAAUAUACCCAGUGUGUCAUCGAUAAACAGGGUACUGCGCAACCUGGCUAGCGAAAAGCAACAGAUGGGCGCAGAUGGCAUGUAUGAAAAGCUGAGGAUGCUGAACGGUCAGACCGGCACGUGGGGGACCCGGCCGGGCUGGUACCCCGGAACCUCGGUGCCAGGACAGCCCAAUCAAGAUGGCUGCCAGCAAUCAGAUGGAGGUGGUGAGAACACGAACUCAAUAAGCUCGAAUGGGGAGGAUUCUGAUGAGACCCAAAUGAGACUUCAGCUUAAAAGAAAACUGCAAAGGAACCGCACUUCUUUCACACAAGAACAAAUAGAAGCACUUGAAAAAGAGUUCGAGAGAACGCAUUAUCCUGACGUGUUCGCGCGCGAGAGACUUGCCGCCAAAAUAGAUUUGCCUGAAGCAAGAAUACAGGUGUGGUUCUCGAACAGAAGAGCAAAAUGGAGGAGGGAGGAAAAGUUAAGAAAUCAAAGAAGACAAGCCAGUAACUCUUCGAGUCACAUACCCAUCAGUAGCAGCUUCACAACGAGCGUUUAUCAGCCAAUCCCUCAGCCCACAACGCCAAUGUCCUUCACAUCAGGGUCCAUGUUGGGUAGACCAGACACAGCCCUUACGAACACAUACAGUGCCCUGCCACCAAUGCCAAGCUUCACCAUGGCCAACAACCUUCCUAUGCAACCCAGCCAGACCUCAUCCUAUUCCUGCAUGUUGCCCACUAGUCCUUCGGUGAAUGGGCGGAGCUAUGACACAUACACACCACAACAUAUGCAGGCACAUAUGAACAGCCAAUCAAUGGCCACCUCAGGCACAACCUCAACAGGUCUAAUCUCGCCUGGAGUGUCUGUACCAGUCCAAGUGCCAGGCAGUGAAGCAGACAUGUCCCAGUACUGGCCCAGACUACAGUGAGAAAAAGACACAUGAGAAAAAAAGAGAGGAGCUACUACACCUCCUGACGUCUCUCAGCUGCAAGGCAGGGCUGUUCAGCAGUAUUUCACUUCAGAAGAAAAAGAAGAGACUCUAAAGGACCUUUGUUGUACUGGGAUAGUGCCACUUCUCUACCAUUCUUUGGACAAAGACUUGAAGAAUAAAAGAGAACAGAAUUCUGUAAAGUGCCCGGUACUAUAUCAUAAAAUGGAAAAAAAAAAAUAUCUGUUUUCAGUUUCCAACCUAAGUCAUUUUGAUGUAUUUGUACAUGUAAUGGCCAAGUGUAUGUUAUGACAAAAAAAGAAAAGAAAAAAAAAAUUAACAACUCUGGAUGGACUGUCAAACCAAGAUGGUCUUGCAUCGGUAAGCAGAAGAACAUUUGUGCAAGCUUAUUUGCCAUUUAUCGAUAUUUUAUCAUUAUCAGCUGAUAUCAAGAACUUCAAGUGUGGACCUGUUGAAACAAACUAUUUCUGUAUCAUUUCAAGACAAAAAUAGCAACAGAGUUCAAAGGAAGCCAGUCCAUAAUUUGUUUUGUUUCUAAAGCUUGCAGACAAAACAAGGUGUAUGUUGAACAAGGUGACUACUGAACCGGAGGAGAAAAUGUUUGGUAGCUAAAAACGGUAGAUUGUGUCUUCGAAAUAAUUAAGUUUUGUUUAUGUCAAAAUGUAAGUAUUUGUCUUCCCUAGAAGUCUCGCAGAACAAUUUCUAUAAUAAACUUAAUUUCAUUUGAUAA